AAUAAAUUGAUUUGUGUCAAUUUGUUUUUAUAUCAACACAUCUUUGCAAGUGCUGACAUGUGUUCAUAGAGAUACUAAUGUGGAUGCCAUGCCCCUUCAUGUAUCGCCAACAAAACUGCCUUUGUCUUAAUCCAAAACUCCAUUUCUAUUUAUUUGAAGUGAAGGGUGAUCAUUUAGUUGUGAAAUUAGUAAUCACUAACAGGUGUAGGAUGAAUGAAUAAUAGAUAGGCCUACUUUUGGCCUUCAAACUACAAUACUACAGUAUUGAAUGAAUCUCGUAUUAGACUAAGAUAGUGGUUACAUAAUGAGGCUUGUAUUGACAAGUACAUAUCUCUGCUCAUGUAUUAAUGACUGCUAAUCAGGCUUAGUGGAGCUGGGUCAGAGUAGAGGAGUGUGUGAGUGUGUGGGCAAAUGUUUGUUUAUGAGAGGCGUAUUGGAUCACCACUGGAGUAAUUUGACUAAAAUAACUUUUUUUGAACAGUGGAAUGAAUUGCACUCUGUAGACUGAGCUUUUAUUAACGUAAGUAAAAUAUAUUUGUACGUAACGUUUGUUUUACAGUUUAUUUAACAGCAGAGAGGUUAUUAGAGUUUCAUUAUGUUGGCUCCAUCUUUCUCCUUGGAUUAAUAACAUUUUACGAUUUGUCUCAGGGUCUGCCUUUAGUUGUAAUACAUAAACUAUUACAUAAACUUUAACAUUUCUUUUUUCAUAAUUUUUACAUAAUAAUAGUCUGUUUUCACACAUUGCCUAGUGGGAGAACCUUAGCAAAAGCAGAUUUAUUCAGUGUUUUGUUUCCAGAGUAUUCCAGAAGUUCUUUCUUUGAAUACUUCAUGUGUGAAGACACUCUUUGGUCCACGCAUGCUGUUAGUGAACCACUAAGCCAUAUGCUCCAGUUGGGAGCCUAAUCCUACAGCACUUCUAUCAGGCCUCAUUCGAUUCAAAGCUUUGCCUUGCAUCACAACCAGCAAGUAACAGCAGCAUCUACGGUACGAUGCAGUCGAUCUGAUCCUGGAAGUCCUCGUGCAGGGAGAUGCCCGACCUGAAUUUACCCACGCCUGUUCCGAGGCCUUCCUAUUCCCAAGCUAGGGAGAACCUGGUGAAGGCCAUCCCGCCGCGGGUACUCUGUCUGCUGGUCUGUGGGGGAGUGGACUGUCGCUAUGAAGGCCCUGCCUGCUGGAGAGCCAACCAACAGGCCAUACGAGGCCUCUUCUCCUCCUGGGUGACUGAUGACAUUGUUGCCAUGGCGCGACCCUCCUCGCACCUUAUGGAGAAGUUCAACAUUAUAGAGCAGUUCCAUAGGUUGAACAUCAAAUCCAUCAUCAACAUGCAGCAGCCCGGGGAGCAUGCCCACUGUGGGCCUCCCCUGGACCCUGGGAGCGGCUUCACCUACUCUCCGCAGUCCUUCAUGGAGAACAGCAUUUUCUUUUACAACUUUGGGAUGCCAGAUUUCGGUGUGUCAUCUCUGGUGGGCAUCAUCGAUGGCGUCAAAGUUUUGGCCUUUGCCGUGAAAGAGGGGCGGGUGGCUGUGCACUGUCAUGCUGGUCUAGGGAGAACAGGGGUCCUUAUAGCCUGCUACCUGGUGUACAUCCUGCGCAUCAGUCCCAGCGAGGCGGUGCACUACGUGCGCAUCAAACGGCCCCGCUCCAUCCAGACCCGCGCUCAGAUCCAGCACGUCUUUGACUUUGCCCGGCUGCUCAGCACCCAGCUGGCCCAGUACCCGGACCUCGGCUGCCGCCACGGGGCCCACUUCACCCUGCAGCACUACCUCAACCGCCAGGCCCUCCUGCUGCACGGGCCCGAGGCGCGGACCCUCAGACACACACCCAAGGUGGUGUACCUGCUGUGUGUGUGUCUGUCAUGCCUGGCCCUGGGGGUCCCAGCCCCUCCGGAGGUCCACGCGGAGCUGGAGAAGAGGGCGGGGCUGCGCACCCUGGGCAGGGCAGUGAGGGAGACCCUGGUCAGCAAGCAGUACCUCCCCCUGCUGAAGGAGGGCCACAGGGGCUCCUGGCUGGGCUCCUCGGGGUCCAUCUCCUCCUGGGAUGAGCCAGUGGGAUUCUGGGAGAGGAAGAGAGAGCUGCUGGUGAACAAGAGAAGCUACAGUGAUUCAGACCUGACCAAGAUUACGGUCAACAAGGACUUAGAGCUGGGCCCCUACUGCAUCCCUACACUGGGAAGAGCGAGAGAAUGGUGUGGGCGCGACCUGAUACGAGCUGAUCUGAGACCAGUCAGUCCCAGCCCUUCCUCCCGUUCAGCAGAACGCCAAAGCAACCAAAAAGAAAAAAAACAGAGGUCAUGCAUUAUCCCAAAACCUGUCAGUAAGCCCAAAAACUCCAGUGUUCCUCGAUCAAGAUGCACGGCUAAAAACAACCCGGCACUGCCUAUGUUCAGCUCCAACGUCGAUCUGCGUAGAAAUCGUCACAAACCAGGCACUUCAGCGGCGCGUUUAGUCGCCAAGGCAUUGGCCAAUCUGGAUCCUCUGGGGGAGACUGUUCUGCAACGGUCAGCUCUGCUGCAGGAGGAGCUGAACAGUAGUGAGUGUGGCUGGACUUUGUUGGUGACGGAGAGCGAUCCACAUGUUCUCAGCUGUAUGCUGUGGUCCUGGCUUGAGAAACUCAAGGAUCCUGUUUUGAGUGCCGGAGACGUGGAGAAGAUAACCUCAGGAGCCAACCAUACAAACCCACUUGCUGCCCUUCGGAUGCCUCAGAGACAUACCAUCUCCUGUCUGUUGAGCUGUGUGGGAACAGUGGUCAGCUUGUGUCCACAUAGAGAGGACGCAGUACUGCAGCGUCUGCUGAAAGCAGUUACUAGGCAACCCCCGGAGGAAACGGCAAAUCAUGCAGCGGUGAUGAAGGUUUUUAAGGAAAGUUCCAGAGAAACUUUUAAAAGCAACGUUGUCCCUCCACAAUGAUUACAACUGAACUUCCGACUGUGGGACUUCAAUAAAACGCGGAUGGUACAAAAUAUGGAUUUACCACAAGAACAUUCAGGCUUCCGUCAACGAAAAUCAACACACACUGUUUGACAUCAACACAUCGACGAUCCUAUCCUAUUUUUUCAUCCUUUCUGAUGUUGCGAUGUAGCUACACCCACCCAACCCCCCACCCCUUAUAUAUAUAUAUAUAUUUUUUUUUACAUUGUUUAUUCAUAUUUUAUUCAGAGCUGGUGUUUUUGUGGUGCUUUUAUUUUACUAUCUUGCAAUGUAUGUGAUUUAUGUUGCGUGUAUUCUAUUGUUGGUGUGCUUAAAAACAUUAAAACAUUUGAAUAAUAAUCAAUACUCUCGGAAGGAUAAUUGCUUACUAAAUCUGAC